AUGGCCGCUGAGGUGGAUAUGAGGAGCAUCCUGUGUCGUUUUGCGGUUGAUUUGUAUGAGAAGGUGGCCAAUAAAGGUGGUGCGCAUCUGAACAAUGUGUUUCUCUCCCCGUUGAGUAUCUAUACCGCCAUCGCAAUGACGAUGGCCGGAUCAGAUGGAAACACCAAACAGGAAAUCUUAAAAACACUACAUCUCUCGGGUUUAACGGCCACAGACCAGCAGCAUGAACAUAUCCGUGCCAUUAUACAUAAAUAUUUCGAAACACCCACCGGGGUCGAAUUAUCGUUAGCUAAUCGUCUAUUUGUGAUGCGACCGGUACAAAUUCAAGCGGAAUACUCUCAGAUUCUUCAGAAGAGUUAUCGUGCCGAUACGGAACUGCUGACAUCGAUGCCAGAUGUUGAGAGCAAAAGAAAACACAUUAAUAACUGGGUGGCGGUAAACACACGUGACAAGAUCAAAAAUCUACUCCCGCAUGGUUGUGUAUCUGGCGAGACAGUACUAUCCCUAAUCAACGCAUUAUACUUUAGAGGCAAAUGGCAUUCAGAGUUCCUGGAUAAUCGUUCGUAUCCCUGGGAAUUCUACUGCUUGGACGGUAAGACGUUCGAGGUGGAAAUGAUGUAUGUGAAAGCUGACUUCCCCUACAUACGCUGGGAUGUGUGUGACGCACGCGCCAUCCGUUUACCUUUCAAAGAUAGUGACUGGCAUAUGCUAAUUGUGCUACCCAAAGAGAACAAAGGACUCAGAAAAGUGGUUGAUCAUCUCCGUAAACCAGGAAAUCUUGAAGCGUUACUAAAAGCGGAUUUUUCGAACCAGGAAAUUGCUGUACAUCUACCUAAGUUCAAGCUUUCAGAGGGCGAUCCAAUAGACGUCAAAGAGUUGUUAAUUCAGUGUGGGAUCCACGAUGUAUUCGACUCUGCGAAGGCGAAUCUGUCGAAAAUGUGUACGAAUGAACAGUUAUUUAUAUCCGAUGCUCUGCACAAGUGCGUUUUGGAGGUCGACGAAGAGGGGGCAACUGCUGCGGCCGCCACUGGUAUGGUUGCAAACUACUGCUCUCUUCAAGUAAACCCACCUUUUGUGGUAGAUCACCCGUUUUUCAUAUCUCUUGUCUGUGAUACAAUGGUUCCGGUCUUUGUUGGACACGUGGCGAAACCGGAAAUUCCGUGAAGGUCAACUAUUAUUCUGAUACUGACCUGCUUUUCAUCGCACGAUUCAUUUUUGACUGCUUUGUUUCUAACAUUUUAUCAAUUCAUGGCAACCGCAAUUUGUCAUAAUUGUGAUAACCCUAAAUGGCAUAUGAAAUUACACAAGGAAUAUAAAUUUCGGCC